GUGGGGGAAGGGCAGAUGCGGCGUCUCAAGCGCACCGCCUAGCCUAUGGCAGACUCUAUGGAGGCUCGCUACGGGACGCCGAGGGAAAAACCGCAAAGCCUUUCUCGGGAAUAACAAAAGGAAGAAAACCGUCAUUUUAGGCACAGAAUGAUAUAAACGGGCGGGUUUGGAAAGGGGUUGGGAUACGAGAGGAUAGCCGGGGCCGGCGCAGCAAUGUGCGGGGCCGAGAUUGCACUGAGACGACGCAUCGUGUUGCUUUUGUUGCGCCGAUUACGAUUUGAGAAGGUGUCCCCGUUUCAGCCACCCAGCUUGUAAAUUGUUCUAAAAGGAAAAGGACAACAAACGGGGGAAAUGACCAUGGCCGGGACCAAUGCCUUCUUCUCCAACGGACCCGGCGCCUGGAUAGAGAACGACACCGAGGUUAACAACCUUUACAGGGACCUGGAGCUGGGCACCGUCCUGACUCUAUAUUACUCCAAAAAGUCCCAGCGGCCGGAGAGGAGGACAUUUUCGGUGAAGCUGGAGACCCGGCAAAUCAUCUGGACCCGAGGCACGGAUAAAAUCGAGGGCGAGAUCGACAUUCGGGAGAUCAAGGAGGUUCGGUCCGGCCAUAAGUCCCGAGACUUCGAGCGCUAUGUGGACGACUCGGCGGCCCGGCCCGAUCAGGCCCACUGCUUCGUCAUCCUGUAUGGCACAGAGUUCCGUCUUAAAGCUCUCAGCCUCGCCGCGACGUCGGAUGAGGAGAUGUCCAUGUGGGUGAAAGGCCUGAUGUGGCUGGAGGCCGACACGCUGAAUUCUCCCACACCGCUGCAGAUUGAACGGUGGCUGAGGAAGCAGUUUCACGCAGUCGAUCGGAACAGAGAGGAUAAGAUUUCCUGCAAGGAUCUGAAGAGCAUGCUGAGUCAGGUUAACUACCGGGUCCCCAACAUGAGGUUCCUGCGAGAGAAGUUUCCGGACGUGGAGUUGAGGAAUGGAGACGUGACUUACAGCCAGUUUGCCCAGCUGUACCGAAGCUUGAUGUUUGAUGCCCAGAAAUCUAUGGAAAUUCCUUUCUUACAGAGGUUCGUCGAGAGAUCGGAUCAGCUGAAGGUCUCGCUCAGCGAUUUCCAGCACUUCCUUUUAGAAUGUCAGAAAGAGCAGUGGGCUACAAACAUUACCCAGGUCCAAGAGUUCAUGUUCAGCUACCUGAGAGAACCUCUGAGGGAGAUCGAGCAGCCAUUCUUCUACCAGGAUGAGUUUCUCACCUACCUGUUCUCCAAAGAGAACACCAUCUGGGACUCCAAGCUGGACCAGGUGGUCCCUGAGAACAUGAACAACCCCCUGUCCCACUACUGGAUUUCCUCGUCCCACAACACCUACCUGACUGGUGACCAGUUCUCCAGCGAAUCAUCUUUGGAGGCCUACGCUCGCUGUUUGAGGAUGGGCUGUCGAUGCAUCGAGCUGGACUGCUGGGACGGGCCGGAUGGAAUGCCGGUCAUCUACCACGGGCACACGCUCACCACCAAGAUCAAAUUCUGCGAUGUCUUGAAUACCAUCAAGGAGCAUGCUUUUGUCUCGUCUGACUACCCAAUCAUCCUCUCCAUUGAGGACCACUGCAGUAUCGUUCAGCAGAGGAUCAUGGCCACCAAUUUCAAGAAGAUCUUCGGGGAUAUGCUGCUGACGAAGGCGGUGGAUAUCUCUGCCGAUGGCCUCCCGUCGCCCAACCAACUCAAGAGGAAGAUCCUAAUAAAGCACAAGAAGCUGGCAGAAGGCAGCGCCUAUGAGGAAGUGUCGACCUCUACGCCGUAUUCGGAGAAUGACAUCAGCAACUCCAUCAAGAAUGGGAUCCUGUACCUGGAGGACCCCAUUAACCACGAGUGGUACCCUCAUUUCUUCGUCCUUACAAGCAGCAAAAUCUACUACUCGGAGGAGACCUCAAGUACUCAGGGCAAUGAGGAUGAGGAGGAGCACAGAGAGGUGUCCAACGGCAUGGACCAGCACGUGACCGAGAAGUGGUUCCACGGGAAGCUGGGUGCUGGGCGGGACGGCCGGCAGAUCGCAGAGAGGCUACUGUCCGAAUACUGCCUGGAGACGGGCGCCCCGGAUGGCUCCUUUCUGGUGCGCGAGAGUGAGACCUUCGUUGGAGAUUACACCCUGUCUUUCUGGCGCUCUGGGCGGGUGCAGCACUGCCGCAUCCACUCCCGCCAGGAGGCCGGCAGCCCCAAAUUCUACCUGACAGACAACCUGGUCUUCGACAACCUGUUUGCCCUCAUCACACACUACCAGCAGGUGGCGCUGCGCUGCAACGAGUUUGAGAUGAAGCUGACCGAGCCCGUGCCUCAGACAAACGCGCAUGAGAGCAAGGAGUGGUACCACGCGAACUUGUCGAGGGGCCAAGCAGAAAACAUGCUGAUGAGGGUCCCUCGAGACGGAGCCUUUCUCGUGAGGAAGAGGACGGAGUCCAACUCCUUCGCCAUCUCCUUCAGGGCGGAGGGGAAGAUUAAGCACUGCCGGGUGCAGCAGGAGGGCCAGACGGUGGUGCUGGGCACCUCGGAGUUCGACAGCCUGGUGGAUCUCAUCAGCUACUACGAAAAACACCCCCUCUACCGGAAGAUGAAGCUGCGAUACCCCAUCAAUGAGGAGACCCUGGAGAAGAUUGGCACCGCGGAGCCUGAUUAUGGAUCCCUUUAUGAGGGACGCAACCCCGGGUUCUAUGUGGAAGCCAAUCAAAUGCCAACUUUCAAGUGCACCGUGAAGGCCCUGUAUGAAUACAAGGCCCAGCGGGACGACGAGCUAUCCUUCAGCAAGAACGCCAUCAUCCAGAAUGUGGAGAAACAGGAGGGAGGCUGGUGGAAGGGUGAUUGCGGCGGGAAGAAGCAGUUCUGGUUCCCUGCGAAUUACGUGGAGGAGAUCAGCCCCGCUGCAGUAGAGCCAGACCGAUUGGCGGCUACAGAGAACAGCCCUCUGGGGGAUCUGCUGAGGGGCAGCGUGGACGUGUCGUCCUGUCAGAUCGUUGUGAGACAAGAAGGUAAAGGCAGCAGGCCCCACGUCUUCUCCCUGCUCAUGGGCUCUGGUCAGCGGCCCAGUAACUUCUUGGACAUUGCCGCCAACAGUCAGGAAGAGCUCAAAGAGUGGGUCGCGAAGAUCCGGGAGGUUGCCAUGACUUCGGAGGCCAAGCUGGAAGAGGGUAAAAUAAUGGAGAGGAGGAAGAGGAUAGCCCUGGAACUGUCUGAGCUUGUUAUCUACUGUAGGCCAGUGCCAUUUGAUGAAGACAAGAUCGGGACGGAACGAGCCUGUUAUCGGGACAUGUCGUCCUUCCCCGAGACCAAAGCAGAGAAAUACGUCAAUAGGAUCAAGGGCAAGAAGUUCCUGCAGUACAACCGACUGCAGCUGUCCCGCAUCUACCCCAAGGGCCAACGCCUGGACUCCUCCAACUAUGACCCUUUACCCAUGUGGCUGUGUGGCAGCCAGCUGGUGGCGCUGAACUUCCAGACUGCAGACAAACCCAUGCAGAUGAACCAGGCUCUCUUCAUGCUAAAUGGGCGGAGUGGGUACGUGCUACAACCGUCCAUCAUGAGGGAUGACAACUUUGACCCGUUUGACCGGAACUCUCUGCGAGGAGUGGAGCCCAUCACCCUAAAUAUAGAGGUGUUGGGGGCACGGCACCUGCCCAAGCAUGGGCGAGGCAUCGUGUGCCCAUUGAUCGAGAUCGAAGUCUGCGGGGCUGAGUACGACAAUGCCAAGCAGAAGACUGACUCUGAAGCGGAUAACGGCCUCAACCCCACGUGGCCUCGGAAGCCAUUCCGAUUCACCAUCUGCAACCCCGAGUUUGCGUUCCUGCGAUUCGUGGUGUACGAGAUCGACAUGUUCAACGACCAAAAUUUCCUCGCCCAGGCUACCUUCCCAGUCAUCGGCCUUAAAAAGGGGUACAGGUCUGUCCCACUGAAGAACAGCUACAGUGAGGACCUGGAACUGGCUUCCCUUCUGGUGCACAUGGAUAUCAUCAAAGGCAGGCAGGAGAACACAGAGAUGACCGGUGUCCCCCUUGGGGCCACAGCAGCAGUCUCGGGCCACAUGGGCCGGGACAGACUGGCAGAUGUGACCUCCCUGUCCCCCAGUGCCUCCCUCUCCCCGCUGGCCGCCGCCCCCCCUGGCCAGGCCCUGGCCUACCGGGGUCAUGAGGGCUCCUUCGAGGCCCGUUACCAAACCCCCCUGGAUGAAUUCCGGGUCUCCCAGGAGCCACUGCUGGACCACAUUGACGCUCAGAGCAGACGACUGAACCGCAGGACCAAAGUGGGUGGAGAGAACAGGGUGUAGCUGAGAAGCAGCUGAUUUCAGUGGACCACUGGAACUUUGGUCGCCGAUGGCGGUGAUCUUGUAGAGAAAUGUUGUGGCACUUGCCAGUCUCUGAUCCGCCCCCCACCCCCCCAUUUAAACUGUGCUUCAACACUUGUGGGCACCAGACACCCCCCCCCUCCCAGAUGGUGUUCCAGAGGACCUUGCGCUUAAACACAGGUGUAGCGGAUUUCACACCUGGGAACCUGGGAGUAUGUAUGCAUCAUGUUUCUCAUUUUCCAGGUAGCCCCCCCACCCCACUCCCCUCAGGGAACAGCUAACCUGCUCUCUGAGAGCUGCCUUUUCCAUGUCUAUUUUUAUUUUUCUUUUAUUUAAACUUUACCUUUUUUUUUUUGUCUUACGAAAAAAAACUUUCCAUUCAGCGCGUGUCUCGUCGCCGAACGCAGUGCGUUCAGCCUGUCCCAGUGCAGGCCCCCCCCCCCCCCAUCCCGGGUGGACCUUGGAGGAUGUAAACAGGAAGUGGAGCUUCAAGGGGAGCUCCAGGAUGGAGCUGUUUGUGCCGGAAGCUGUGAUCUCAGGAAGGACGGGGCAGGCUCGCUCUCUUACAGCACUGAUUCCGUGUAAUUCAUAAAAAAAGAAGCAAGACCAACACUGGUAAGAAAGGCGUAAGAGGCCCGUUUGGAAAUGUACGCGUUUGUGGCCUGUGGAUGGAGAUGGAGGUCUGGAAGGCGGACCAUGCUCUAGGGCUUUAGAGGAAAAUUACCUGAAACGAAUUUGGGAAUCAACUGUCUAGCAGUGUAGCUUUUUUUUCCUUUUUUAAAUAGCAUUCCUUCCUUUUAUUUUUCAGUAAUUAAGUUCCCCUUCCCAUUACAGUCACCAUUUUACAGAUUCAAACAAUGUGGCGAUCCAGCCCAGCGACCACAAGUGCUUUAAUUUUUUUGCCCCCUGCCGUUCGCUUAACCUGAAAUUUCUCGCGUGGCUUAUCUCCCUGCAUGAGCAGCCCCUUCGUUUCACUCAGCUGAGAGCCAAAGCCCUUUCUUACUUUUUUAAAAGCAACCUCUCACGCCGACAGUUAUGUGGAGGUCAUUUUCGUGGCCCGUCCUUGGAGGGCGGACUUCAUUUCAUCUCGACGUACGGCUACAGGUGCCUUGGACGCUUCUUAAACAUAAUCACCCUCCAUAAUCUUUUUAAUCGCAACGGCCCUGCAUCCAACUAGCCACUUACUAUUAUGUGGUUGGAGAUUCGGUGUGCCUUUUACUGGAUAAGUGCUGGCCGUAAAGUAUUAAACAAGAGUUUAAAAAAAUAAACUGCAGGGCCGUUCCAUAAAGGAAGGCCCAAUAUUCAUUUUUGGAGGCCUACUUAUGAAUUAUUUGCACUGCGUUUUGCUUAUUGUAUUUUAUUGUUCUGUUCUCACAGUAAUGGUCAUUGUUAAAGUUGUGCUUUAACGGAAUUCCCCAAAGUAGCAGUAGCCGUCUUCGGCCAGCAGGUGUCUCUGUAUCACAGUGGUGGAACAUCAGUUCUGAAUGUAAAAAGCAAACGAAAGUCUGUACUGGUGUCUUGAGCCAUUAAACCUGCUUUGUACAGUUA